AUGGCGUCGGAGGUUCCACCGCUACGUAUCCAGAAGGGCAGCAAUGGUGCCUCGCCAUCCAAGCUGCCCCGAGUAACCAAUCGCCCCUUGUCAGAGUUGAGUCCUAUGGCCAUUCGUCGAAACUCUCCGAGCUUCCCUCAAGUCAAAGGCAAGUUGUUGGCCACCGAAACCUCUCCAGCCGGAUCGUCUCCUUUCACAAACACCUCGCCCCGUCUGUUCUGGCAGGGACGGGAUCCCAACUCCCCUGCCAGAGAAGUCCACCACGGAUUCGAAAGUCCCCCUCCCCCUCCCCCUUCUGUCUCUCCAAAGAAACGAUCGUCGAUUGAGAAUCUCAAGAAGGCUUCGCGGGUCAAGAACAGCAGUAUGUUCGCCAUUGAGCAGAGCAAUCGCUACGACCCCACGCGUCCGGCGAUUCUUGACGGGCGUCCGCAUAGCAUGCAAUACUCCCGACAACAAUCGCCUUUCCGUGGGGCCGAUGCGAUUCGCAAAGAAAACGUCGCUCCAUCCAACAGAUAUAGUUCUCCCGUGCAGACUCAGAUGCAGCCAGAGCACAAAGACUCGACAGCCAUUGUCGCACCUCUGUCACCAAGCAGAUUCAACACUUCACCUGCCAAAUCAUCGCUCUCCAAAAAGACCGGCGCGGGAUUCAGACGGAGUGGGUUUGACCCAGAGAAAGGCAUCUGGGAAGAUGAGGAUGACAUUGAAGGCAAACAGCUUCCUGAAGGUCGGGGCUUGCAUCGCCAUCACAAGAGCGUCACCUUUGACCAGGCCCCUCCUCAGGUCAAUGAAUAUGAAAUGACGACGCCCGCGCCGUCCGAGUCCUGUGCUUCUGGAUCCCGAGAGGGUAGCUACGACACUACCGAGGACGAUGAUGAGGAAGAAGAACCAAGUUUUGAGCGAGGGUCGUCCGCCGACCAUGAUGACAGCUUUGAUGCUUCGUUGGAAGAUACCGCAAAGACCCCCGUGGUGCUGCCUGAAGAUUGGCGCUUCAUGAGCCCUGAAACCGCCAACACCGCUUUGGCUCGUCAUGAUGAGGAUGUUUUCCAAGAAGACUGCGGGAGUCCGGCUCCUUCUGCUAAGCCCAGCACCAUGGCAUCUCGCCCACAUCAAACCAGUGCAGGUUCCGUCGACUCUGACGGGCACGUCCGUCCGCUUCCACCACUUCCACCCACAGGGGUUCAUGGCCACUCCAGGGGUGAGAGUCUGUCCGGCGCAUUUGAACGAAUGAGUGUCGCCCAUCGUUCUCUCCCGACACCGCCCAUGCCCGCGGGGAUUUCCAAAACUGACAUCCAGAAGAUGAGCACCUCGAGCUCUCUGUCCGUCGAGGAUCGACUCCGCCUGAUGGCCCUUCAGGACCAAGAGAGAGAACGCCGGCUGAGGAGAAUGGGAUCCAAAGAGUCCAGUCCCGUCCGCAGUGCCAGUGCGGAGGACAUCUCGGUCGAUCACGGCGAGCCUGGUCCGGAGAUCAUUGAGUCUGGAGACUCUACACCGCAGCUUUCGAGGGCGUCCAUCUUGUCUGGCCUGCGUGACCAAGACAGCCGAGAAAGCAGCGAGGAUGUGUCUGAGGCUUCGGGCCACCGAGGCCGAUCUCCACUCGAUCCAGACGUUCCAAUCCCGUCCCUGGAGGAUCCCACUCAACCUCGCAUCAAGGAGGAGGAGGACCUGCAGGAACAAGACCUGUAUUCCAUUGCAGACAUGUACAUUGGCCGUGACGGGUCGGAAUCGGAGACCAGCGCCAACCAGGACGAUGAUCUCACGAGCCAGUAUUCACAAGCCUCUCUAGCUGUGGCACCUCCAGCUACUCAGAACGAAGGCCAGGACACCCCCAAGGCUCAGAGCCCAGUGCCAGAAAGAAUCUCGAGAGCUGCGGAGUCUGACCAUCGUGUGUCCUUGCCUGAGUUCCCUGACUUCGGCAGAGAGGAUAGCUUCGACAUGGGCUUCGGCCCCUAUCUUAUCAAGAAGGAGGAGAAGGUACACACUGCCGUCGUAGAUCCACCAUCAACGGACCUCCCUGAUCUUGCGGCGUUGCGCCAGUCGAUCCAGCGCUCGUACACCCCUGAUGUUCAGACAAGACGGCAGCACAGCCCACUGAGACUGGAGCUGGACAGAGCGACCCCCGGAACUCCAAGCUCGGUGGUUCAACACUCCACUGCAGACUCUGGAUUCCCGGAGGAUAAGGACAUGAACGCGCCCGAGGCAGGCGCUGAUCCGGAAGCAGAGAGUGAGCGAUCGGUCUCCCCAUCUGAGACGGGAUCUGUGGUGGUCAAUGGGAAACAGGCCUCCCCCGUCUCACCAAUCUCGUCUGAUUUUAAUCGUGAAGCCGAGUCUCCCGUGUCUGAGCCUGCGGACAACACAGGGAGUGAGGAACUACGUGUCACCACCGAAAGUAAGCCAAGGGAAAACAAGCGAGUCAGCAGCUUGGUACAGUUGGACAUCCCAUAUGACGAACUGGAUGAAGGUCUCGGAUUGGGCCUGGAGAAGGAGUUUGACCGCGUUGUAGAAGCCCAAAAGGUACAGUUCGAACUCUCGUUGCGGCGCCUAUACUACCCUUUCAACGGACGUUUCCCAUCUAGCGAGUACCCUGACACGAAGGGCUCGAAGGUUGCGAACCCCCUGGAAAACAUCCCUCUGCUACCCAAGCCCCGUGGAGCCCGCGCUCUACCGGGCAAAGACGCUCCCGUUACCCCUGCUGCAUCCCUUGAUGAAGACUCAUUUGCUAAUCGAUCCGCCCACCGACAGAGAGGUUAUGUGAUGCGACAGAACACCAAGAUUGUCGUUGCAAGCGAACGUAUUGCCGUGGAGGAUGAAGGCAAAUCCCCCGUCCUUCCCAGCGCGGAUGAUGAGAAUUCGCUAGCACCGCCGAAUCUCCCGCCCAACAAGGUUCAGCCGUCUCCUCGCAAGACAAGUCAGCCCACAUGGAGCACCGAACCCUGGAAUGGUAAGAUCAGACGGAAGAGCAUUCGGGUUGGCGGUGAGAAGGCAGUCAGCAAGAGGAAACCACCAGUCGAGAGUGCUGUCCCGCCUCUGCCGGGCCAAGCAAGCAAUGCCCAAGAGAGUCUUGAGUCAGUGGUAGAAGACGAGCUCGGAGAGGAAGAGGACUGGGAGGACGGCGCCGAACGUGGUCGGCUGUUCGUCAAAGUUGUCGGUGUCAAAGACUUGCAGAUGCCGUUUCCUCGACAUGAACGUACCUACUUUGCUCUCACCCUCGACAAUGGGCUGCACUGUGUGACGACUGCUUGGCUGGAGCUUGCUCGUAAAGCGCCAAUCGGACAGGAGUUUGAGCUGGUCGUUCUAAAUGAUCUGGAAUUCCAACUCACGCUCCAGAUGAAGUUGGAACAACCAAAGGUUGAACGACCCCAGUCUCCUUCCAAACCACCCCCCUCGCCCAAGAAGCAGGGCGCCUUUGGCAGGUUCUUUGGUUCGCCAAAGAAGAAAAAGGAACUGGAAAUGAGGGCACAACUGGAAGCCCAAGCUGUGCGAAGACCUGUCACGCCACCGUCGGCAUACGAAAUGGUACAAGGUCUCGUUGCAAAGGACGGUUCGUUUGCUCGUGCUUACGUCGCCCUGAGCGAGCAUGAGAAGCACGCAUACGGCAGACCGUACACGGUUGACAUUACCUGCUUCAACGAAUGGGCUCUGGAAGAGGUAUACGUCGGCAGUUCGAGGAGCAAGAAAGGAGUGACACAGCUGCGACGGCGUCCACCGUAUGAAAUAGGCAAGCUUGAGCUGCAGCUGUUGUACGUGCCCAAGCCAAAGGGGGCCAAGGAUGAAGACAUGCCCAAAAGCAUGAAUGGUGCAAUUCGGGCACUUCGAGAUGCGGAAGACCGGAUGCAGCAGCAGGCCAAUAUCAAGAGCUUUGAAGGCUACUUGAGUCAACAAGGAGGCGAUUGCCCGUACUGGCGACGACGAUUCUUCAAGCUUGCCGGCUCCAAGUUGACCGCCUUCCACGAGACCACCCUUCAACCACGGGCGACCAUCAACCUUGCCAAAGCCACACGGCUCAUCGAUGACAAAUCCAGCCUCACGCAAAGAGAGAUUCCCACCAAGGGUGGCGGUCGACGUAAGAGUGGGUUUGCCGAGGAAGAAGAAGGAUACAUGUUCGUGGAGGAGGGCUUCCGGAUUCGCUUUGCCAAUGGCGAAGUUAUUGACUUCUAUGCCGACUCUCCAGCGGAAAAAGAUGAGUGGAUGAAGGUCCUCUCAGAGGCGGUCGGCCAGAGUGUCCCGGGAAACUCUGCUCCAGUCAAGGGCUGGGCCGAUCUGGUCCUCAAGCGAGAGAAGAAGUUGCAGGCCGAAGCAUCGACGCCUUCACAUUUGCCGAGACCCAGCGCGGGUCACCUGCGAACAGAGACUUACCAUGCCGGGGCUGGCAUCAGUCAGACCAGUAGUCCGGUCAAGUCGAGGAGCGGCCACCACGAGGGCUAUCAUCGGAAGACCAGAAGUAUGCACGCGUGA